ACCCCUCCAUUCACCCUCCAUUUCUAUAAAGUUUGUGACUUUCGGUCACACAGAGAGAGAGAGAGAGAGGGAGAUGGGAAUCGAAGGAAGAGGAGCAGAUGGCGGCCAAUGUGAGAUCUUUGAGAAGAAGCGCCUGAAAUGGUCUGUAGAGGAUGAGCUGGAUUGGGAAGUGGGAGAAGAGAAAGAGGAGGAGGAGGCGGAGGUUCUUAGACCUUACUGCUAUGAGCCGGAGAUCUGUCCGUCGGCUUCUUUCGUCGUCGCCGACGCGCUGGAGCCAGAUUUCCCAGUCAUAUAUGUCAACGCCGUGUUCGUGAAGGCCACUGGAUACCGCGCAGAUGAGGUUCUCGGCCGGAACUGCCGAUUCUUGCAAUCCCGCGACCCGUGGGCUCAAAGACGACACCCUUUAGUUGAUCCCAUGGUUGUGAGUGAAAUCCACAGAUGCUUAGAGCAAGGAGUGGAAUUCCAGGGUGAGCUUCUUAAUUUCAGAAAAGAUGGAACUCCUUUGAUCAACAGGAUGAGGCUAAUGCCUAUGGCUGAUGAUGAUGGCAUUAUAACACACAUCAUUGGCAUUCAACUUUUCUUUGAAUCAACCAUAGACCUCAACAAUGUGACAUAUCCAGUUUACAAGCCAACAUCCCAAUGCAAAUUCAAACUUGACAAGAUGAAUCUUCCUACAUCUGAACUCAGUUGUAGGAGCCAACAUCCUCUUGAGCACUGUGGCAUUCUUCAGCUAUCUGAUGAAGUAUUAGCCCACAACAUCUUAUCUCGCUUGACACCCCGCGAUAUAGCUUCUGUUGGUUCAGUUUGCACUAGAAUGCAUAACCUAACAAAAAAUGAGAACUUGAGGAAGAUGGUGUGCCAGAACGCUUGGGGCAGAGAGGUCACUGGUAAAUUGGAGCUGGUAAACAAGAGUGUAGGAUGGGGCCGACUUGCGAGAGAGCUGACCACACUUGAGGCAGUGACAUGGAAGAAAUUUACAGUAGGAGGAAGGAUAAAACCAUCGCGAUGCAAUUUCAGUGCUUGUGCGGUAGGAAACAGGCUCGUCUUAUUCGGUGGGGAGGGAAUCAACAUGCAACCAAUGGAUGACACAUUUGUCCUAAAUCUCGAAGCAGCGAAUCCCGAAUGGUGCAAGGUGCAGGUAGCGUCUGCCCCUCCUGGAAGAUGGGGGCAUACAUUGUCAUGCUUGAAUGAUUCGUGGCUUGUAGUUUUUGGCGGAUGCGGACGACAUGGAUUACUAAACGAUGUGUUUGUGCUUGAUCUCGACGCCCCGCAACCGGCCUGGAAGGAAGUGGAAGGUGAGACUCCUCCCCUACCCAGAUCUUGGCACAGCUCCUGUACCCUCGAUGGCUCUAAGCUUGUAGUAUCUGGUGGUUGCACGGAUGCCGGCGUUCUUCUUAGCGACACUUUCCUACUAGACUUCAGCAAGGAGAAGCCUGUUUGGAAAGAAAUCCCUUCCAAAUGGAUUCCACCAUCCAGACUCGGCCAUAGUCUCUCGGUUUAUGGGAGUUCUAAGAUUCUAAUGUUUGGUGGAAUGGCAAAGAGUGGUUCUCUGAGGUUGAGAUCAUGUGAUGCUUAUGUGAUUGAUUUAGGAGAAGAUGAGCCUCAAUGGAGGCAAUUGGAGACAAAUGGUUUACCAGGAGCCACUCCGCCGCCGAGACUCGAUCAUGUUGCGGUGAGCCUGCCUAGCGGUAGAAUCAUCAUCUUCGGUGGCUCCAUUGCCGGAUUACACUCGCCUUCUCAGCUCUUUUUGAUCGAUCCAUUGGAAGAAAAACCAACAUGGAGGAUGCUUAAUGUGCCUGGGCAGCCACCAAAAUUCGCCUGGGGACAUAGCACCUGUGUUGUUGGUGGAACAAGGGCCCUUGUGCUUGGAGGUCGCACAGGGGAAGAGUGGGUAUUGAAUGAGUUUAAUGAGCUUCGCCUGGCUUCAGCAGCUCCAUGACAUUGGUAAAAUGAUGAGUGUUUCUAUCUAUCUAUAACUUGCCUUGUUUAUGUGCAUUGGCUUCUCUAUUUUUUGUGUGUUCACUGAGGAUGAGUUAUGUUGUGUAGUUCUUUAAUGCUUUCUAACAUUAGUUGAUAGUGAAAAUGUUCUUGACAUUUCCUUCUAUGCUUAAAUGCAAGCUUGUAAAGAGAA